CUUUUCAUUUUUUUAGUGCUGGAGUGGGAAGGACUGGCACAUACAUUGUCUUGGAUGCCAUGUUGCAGCAGAUUCGUGCCAAGGGACGCCUCAAUAUAUGGGGAUUCCUGAAACACAUUCGCACACAACGCAACUUCCUUGUACAGACGGAGGAGCAGUAUAUAUUCAUUCACGAUGCUCUGCUGGAAGCCAUCCAAAGUGGAGACACCAACAUCCCUCGGGCUGGUCUCAGCAGAUAUAUCAGGAUGUUGCAGGCGCCUGGAGGAUCACAGGAGAAGCCCCAGCCUUGGUAUCUUCUAUCGCACCAGUUCAAGCUGGUUACACAUUUCCAGCCAAGAGAUUUCAAUGUUGUCAGUGCAGUCAAGCCUGUCAAUAGAGAGAAGAACCGCAGCACAGAUCACCUGCCCAUGGAGAAUGGCCGUGUGCACCUGACCCCCAAGCCAGGUGUGGAAGGCUCAGACUACAUCAAUGCAACCUGGCUGAUGGGCCAUCAGAGACUACGAGAAUUCAUCCUGACACAGCACCCUCUGCCACCCUCCAUCCUUGAUUUCUGGCAGAUGGUUUGGGAUCACAAUGCCCAGACAAUAGUUGUUUUGACAGCUGUAGACGAGAGUCAGGGCUAUCCCCAGUUCUGGCCGGCGCAGCAUGAUGACUUUGACUCUGAGCAUUGGAAGGUGCGUUAUCUGGAAGAGAAAUUGAAUGCUGGGUUGGUGACUGUUGAUGUUGCAGUCCAGAGUUUGCAAGAUGACUAUGAGUUACCGGUUAGAUUAAUUCACGCUCCUGGCUGGCCCCACACUCUGCCAGCUCUUACUACUACUCUCAGCCUUGUCUCCUUAGUGUCUGAGGCCCAUACUAAUUACCAGAAUGGACCUUUAAUAGUUGUUGAUCGGUUUGGAGGGACGGAGGGAGCCACAUUCUGCUGCUUAACUGCCCUGAAGAACCAGGUUGACUUCGAGCAGCACUUGGACCCUUACAUGUUUGCCAAGCUUUACCACAACAGAAGGCCAAGUAUUUGGACAAGUCAGGAUGACCUCCUGUUCAUCUACCGGGCAAUGGAAUCCUACACAGCCAGUGAAGGAAGCCACAGUGGAAGCAGCAAUGACAUGGCAGGGCUCCAUGACCCUGUGAUCACCAUGCCCCCAUCACAACAGUGA